AUGGCCGCGCUCCGGAUGGCUGCUGCCUCGCCUGCCCUUUCGACGUCCGCUGCAACUUUUAUUACUUGCGUCGCUUCUCUCACCCCCGCCGGCUCUAACAUGGCGAGCGAUUGCGCGCUCAAUCGCGCUCAGUCGCCUGAGCGCGAAGAGCCCCACCCGUUGGAAGACUUCAGCUGGCAGUCGAUACAUCCCUCUCUUCAACCUGGCCUUCUGUCUUUCGAGCCCUCGGAGCCUCCACCGGCUUCGUUACAUGGUCCAAGGUUCUACGAAAAUAUCGCCCUCCCCCAUCUCACAACAGACGCUUUGCGUGAACACGACCGCCAGCUCUGGGAGCACGACCAACGAAUACACGCAGAAACCAAAUCCUCCCCCAAUACCGGCCCACCAACCCGAACGGUGUCAGCAGCUACGGUCCAAGAAACAGCAGAAGAGCAAACCGCGCCCAGCUAUCAGAAGCUUACGUCGGCCUCUGACGACAUGCCUCCUAAGACGAAGAAAGAGAGUGUAACUGAGAAAUCCUCUCCAUACGACGCAAACUUCGAGGCCAAGCUGCGGGCUUUUCAUAUCUUCUUCCCUGCGGACAUAUACGAUGGUGAAACAGAACUUGAAGACGCCGCUGAUGCCGACGCCAUCAUCACCAAGCUCAAACAACCCCUCACCGACCUAGAACAUGUCACCAAGGAUACACUGCAUCGCUUGAAGGCCCUCUGCAGCAUGGGAGAGACGAAGACAAUAGCCUCGGGCCUCUAUGCGCUCCUCGCCCCAGAGGUCAGCGCACGCUAUGACACGGACUUCGUGUUCAACAACCUGGCCCCUCUAACGCGAGCUGCGGAUGCAUUGACGGCCGCCAAGCCGGACUACUGCGUUGGCGCGACCGCCUCAGAGAUCAGCAAGGAGGUCAGGGACGCCAUUGACAGAUACAUCCAGCCCGUCCACCAGAAACGAUGA